UUUUGCGCUAUUAUUAAUUUGUUAAAAUGUUCAUAUUAUAGUCUAUUUUUAAUUGUUUAUAAAAGUCCUUGCUGUUUUUAAGUGGCUGAAUUAGUGUGUGUGCGCGCGUGUGUGUGCGUUGGUAGCUGGGUGGGUAUAUAGUUCUGGUCUGAAGUUGACAUACCCCUUGCAGGAGAAAGAGACCCUGUGUAAUCUGUUUAAACGACUUUUACGCAUGUUUUGCAGAGAGAUCAUUUUCACCUUGCUGUUUGGGUCUCUGUCCCACACUGUUACAGUGCAGUAUUGAGAGCGCAAGGGAGAUCGAUUUUCUAUCAGAAACAGUAACUAUAUAAAAUGGACGUCAACACGCAGCACUCUGUGAGGUCAUUUCUCGCUCUCAACAGAGUAGUUGUGAUUGUUCAGUGUUUACCACGGGGCCAAAACAUUCAAGGCCAUGGUGUAUUUUGACUGUUCCUGUAGCAUAAUCUCACCAAACUGUGUGUACACGAGUCCACAGACACUGAGUCUAUUCACAGUUCCAUGCUGUGUAGAUGUUCUGCUCAUCCUCACUGUACCGUAAAGGUCAGAACCUCACAUCUGUAACCUUGUAGCUUUCCUUAAUCAACAUGACUGCAACCAAGCUUGUGUAGCACUACUAUUUUUAGAUCUCCGCCUCUCAAAAGUAUUGUCGCCCUGCGCGGCCGCCUCUCAAAUCUUUUGGCGGCCAGCUCUCAAAUCUGUUGGCGCCCUAUGCGUCCGGCUGUCAAAUCUAUUGGCGCCCUAUGCGUCCGGCUCUCAAAACUAUUGGCGCCCUUCACGGGCAGUUCUCAAAAGUAUUGGCACCCGAUCUGAAUUUUGCCACGGCAAGCACCACUCACAUUUUCUUCAGGAAAUGUACCUUAAAAUAAUAAAAAGUCUCUCACUAGGCUGUGUGUCGAGAUAAACGUGAAAACAUCUUGAGCUUGUGUUCACCACAGACCUUAUUUCCGGCAUUUAACCCAAAACCCCAUUGACGGAAGUGCUAAUACGCUGACUCGUUUCUGGGUUUCACGACUCAUUCCUGCAGCACUCUGUAAGACGGGCUGUUGUUAUCAAACCAUCGAAGUAAGAUAAGCGGCUUUGGUAAUGAUUCUUUAAAUGAACCGAUUCAGAAUCCUCUUCUUGAAUCGUUUGAGUCGUUCUCACUCGGUCAGGGUUGCACGUGUGGGUUGCUUUUCCUGCACGUGUAAUCAGCACGUGUUCACAGACCGUAAAUCCCGACCCCAUGGUAGACACUCGACAGAAAUUUCAUACUAAAGUAAGUAUUUUAUAUUUUCUGGGUCUAAACAGAGCAGAAGUAUUGCUAACGUGUUGUACAGAUUCUAUUGGACUGGUGAACUGUGUGGAUUUGUAUAUUUAACCCAGUUUAAUAUGGCCUGCUUUCUACAGUCAGAGACAAGUAAAUCUGUUCUAAUGUUCAUUUAUUUUCCAUAGAUAAAACACGUUUGUUUACACAUGAAUACGUACUUUAUGCUUUCAGAAUGGUGGAGAUUUGGCUCUUAACUAUGGUUAAGUGGGGGGUACUAUAAAAUGCACAGUUCUGAGACACUAUAUACCUAUACUGUGAAAUCAGUACAUGUGUGUUUAGAAUGAUUAUAGCUUUUGGGGAAAAAACUAUUCUUGAAUCUAUUAGUCCUUGUUCUGAUGCACCUGUAACGUCUCCCUGAGGGCAACAGAUCAGAGCCAGGGUGAGAGCUGUCCUCAAUGAUGGUUUUUCCUCUGCUGAGGCAACGGGGGGUGUAAAUAUCCAUCACGGAGGUGUUGUGGAUAAAAAAUGUCAUAAAAUAAACAUAAGGGAGACCUAGCAUCCAGCAAAGGGGAGAAGAAGAAAAGAUGGGCACCUAGACACAUAGAAGCGGGAUUAGGCGGACAUUGACAAAUUGGAAUUACACUUUAAAGAUCUUUAAGAGCAGUAGUAGUCAAAAAAGUCAAAAAGAGGUAUACGAGCUGAGCUGAGGAGUGCUAAUACACACACACACACACGCUCGUACAGUCAAGGGCGGGCAAGUAGACACAACAUACACACAUGAAUAACUUUAAUAAUCUUAUAGUAAUAGAGAAACUCUCUAUAAAAAAACAGAAUAGUAGGAUAUGCAGGACAGUAUGGAGGAUAUGCAGGAGCUUAAGCUCAUCACUUCUGAGAAUUCUCAUCGGUGUGGAUCUCGUGUGGUGGAACGGAACAAUAAAUCUGGACCCUUGCUUCUUCUCACUCACGGCUGGUGUCUUUUUUUUCUAUCUCCAACUGGGCUCAGAGGUAGAUGUGAGUGUUGGCUUCUAUGUUGAAUUUUAAGUGUUUUUGGGUAAUAGGCUAUAUUUGAGCCAACAGAGGGGAGAGGUAAUAAAUAAACUUAUAAAUGUGAUUACUUGAUGACCGUAGACAGAACUCUAUAAAUGUGAAAUGUUUUGUUGAAGUUCAGAUGAAUCUCUGAUGUACAGAAUAUUCAACAGAGUUCUGCAGAAAGAUUUUGAAUGCCUGUCAUUCACCAGAACAAAUUUGCAGUUGAACAGUCUGUCUAAAAGAAAAAAUCUAAACACACAAUAUAAAAUUCCAGCAGUGUGAAUAAAGCCUUUGUGUUGCUUUUAGCAAACAUGUCUAGUACUCUCGGUUCAAUGUACACAAUUUACCCCAUUUAAAUGCAUUUUGGAAAUUGUUCCACAUGGCCUUAAAGUGUGAAUAUUCACUGUAUGCCAAAUAAGUAAUCAAAGAAUGGAACUGAAUUUUUUCUUCUCUAACGGACCAUUAAUCACAAUUAUAAAAGAUGAUGCAUCAGGUACAAAGUAUCAGGGUUUUUCCCCCUCUUUUUCCCACAAUAGUUGCAUGAUUUUUGCUACACCCUUUCCACCGUGUGUGUGUGUGUGUGUGCACGCGCGCUACAAAUCACUUUGAGGUAAAAAUAUUUUAAGGCAGCCACUUUCACCUUCCUACAACAAUUGGUGACUGGUCUGAGGUGAAGCUUCUUGUCAUGUUACUGUGGUCAUGGAUCACAUUGUGGGGAUCUCUGUAAUGUAACCAUUUCUGUAAUUAUCCUUACCUGCUUUUGUGCUUCUGUGUCUUCUGUUGGUGCUUUAUUCUGCUUUUUAGGACCCGAGCACCGCUGCUGCAAAGCCCUAUUGGAUCUGCUGUUUAUUAUUGGGGCAGUCCACCGAAGGUGCAGCGCUUCCGGUGACCACCGGAGGGUGCAUGCACCGGAGGUGCAGGGCCCUAUUGAUUUUCUGGUGUUUAUUGCAUUCUUGUCGUUUUUAAGGGCCUAAACAUGGCUGAAAACUCCCAAAACUCGGUAGACGCGCCAGCACCAGUGAAAAUGUAACUUACAUUGGGCAUGGGCAUGGUCGAGGAGCUCCUUAGCACCCCUGAAGGCAGGCAAUGGUCGGGAUGAAGUUGCUCCGAUGUGCACGAUUUACCAUAUAUAUAUAUAUAUAUAUAUAUAUAUAUUAGAUAUUAUAUAUAUAUAUAUAUUAGAUAGAUAUGGGGUAAUAAAGUGUAAAAUAUAGAUAAUUCACAAUAAUUUAAUAUCAGAUAUCAGUUAGAUUCAGCUUCGGACACAAGUUCCAGGUACUGAUCGAGAAGGAGUGGAUCAGCUUCGGACACAAGCUGACCUCGCGUGUCGGCCUUGGAGAUGAGAAUCACGCCAACUCGGAACGAUCCCCUCUCUUUGUGCAGUUCAUCGACUGUGUGUGGCAGAUGAUGAGACAGGUCAGCUACUGAUGCUUUACACCACAACACUGUUGAAUUCUCCAAUCUGAUUGGUCAGAAGGCGUUGGAGACAUUUCUGGAACAGCAAGAUUCUGAUUCCAGCUGCAAGGGAAAUUACAGCUUUAUAGUGAUGUGCUCGUUCUCGUUCCUAUAGUAACAGCUCUUUCACAGGGUCUAGUAUGGCGUACGCAAUACAUAUUCUAAGCUUAAUCGUAAACAUAUUAUAAACAUGUCACUUAAAGAAAAAGACGUAUGAUCAUUGUGAUCUAGUUAAGAUUUAUAAGUUAUCUAUUUAUGGAAGUUUUAUGGAAGUAGUCUCCAGUGUCACGGCAGAGAGGACAUUGCACUUUCCAGUUUCUCAGUAACAUUGCAAGUCUUAUUAAUUUCAAGAGUUAGGGGGAAAAAAGAGAGGCUUGUGAGGGAACUAUUGUUUUAUUUUAAUGUUAUAAAGUAAGAGAUCAUAAUGAGAACUAACUCUCUUUUCCAGGACAUUCCAAAUUGUUCUUUGGCUAUGCCCCAUGUUUGUGCAAUGGUUCAGACCGGUUUUUCCUCUUUUCGCAGCUUCAAAAUGGCUUGCUUUUCUCCCAUAGACAGGUCUCUGGUCUUCAUGUCGGUUUAUUCUUUUUAACAACAAAUGCUGUCUCCACAGGUGAAACCCAGGGCUCAAACCAAGAGAAGACAUUCAGAGCUAUUCAUUCUUUAAAGUCCAUUUAACGAGCUGCCUGUUUGGUACAUUCCUCUACAGCAGUGAGCAGGAGAGAAUGGAAAAGGAAGUACAGGGUAAAACGGUCACUGUGGUCCUACGUUAACAGUCAGCCGGAGGACUUCACUAACCCGUUCUAUGUGGACUGUAAAAACCAGGUGCUGUAUCCACUGGCCAGUGUCACACAUCUGGAGCUCUGGGUGGGUUAUUAUGUGCGCUGGAACCCACGCAUGAGACCACAGGUGCUUAUACUGCAAACCACACUCUAUGAAAUUCUGGGGAAAUGCUCAAAAAUAGUGUUUCCAAUAUAUACCAAAAUACCCAGUUACUUGUAUAACUGAACAGUGUCACUUCAGACACAUGAUGAAUGUCUCUUUUUAUUUCUAGAUGUUUCUGGGUUUUAACACCAAGUUUGCUUUAAAAAAACAAAACCAUUUCUAUCAGCACAAAGCUAAAAAAAACACAAAAGCUGGAGUAAUGGGUCGGUAAGCAUAAAAAGUGCCGUACACAGUGGAACUGGACACACGAGGAUCUCUGACACUGUUGACCCUUCAGUGGUUCCAUUUUCAGUUCUAGUUUGUAGGUACAGGUUUCAGUCUUCAACAACAUUGUAGUUUUCUUUUUAAAAUGCACUCCUUGGUUGUGCUCACUGCAUUACAAACUCAAAUCCAACAUUGUGAGAUUAUUUUUUUUUAAGUGUGUUGAAAUGUAGUUUUCUUGUGAUUCCUCUAUAUUCCUGUAUAUUUCAUGAUUGGCUGGUUAGAAAACUACAUGAACGUACAGGUGUUCCUAAUAAAGUGGACGGUGAGUGAACAUGACGUGGCUGAAACGAUUUCCAAAACACUUCAGGAGCAGCUAGCGAUAAAGAUUAAGGUUACACCGGCUUGAUGAUUGAUCUUUUAAUAAUGCUACAUAAAUAAAUAGAAAGCGAAUGGAAUGAUUUAGAAAAUCGGUGUCCCAGAACGAAACUGAUGUUUGUGUGCUUUGUUGAUUUCUUAUGUAGACGCCGCUCCAUCAGAAUUUGAGAGUUAUUGUUUUUGCGUGAAGAACGUGGAGGAGCUCCAGAGAGAGGCCACGUCAUCCUGCUCCAUCUCCUCAUCCUCAGAGCAUACUUCUCCCUCCUCACAUAGUGGAGGCGGUUCAGCUGGACGGAGAGAUCCUGCAUGCGCUGUGAAGCGAGUGUGUUCUAUGGCGUAUCGGCACCUGGACAAGCACAAGAUCGAGCCGGUGCUCUACAUGAUGGAGUGGUUCAUGUGCGCCUUCUCCAGAACUCUGCCCUGGGCCUCGGUCCUCAGAGUGUGGGACAUGUUCCUGUGUGACGGAGUGAAAAUGAUAUUCUGUGUGGGUUUGGUGGUGUUGACGUCCAUGCUGGGUACUCGGGAUAAGCUCAAGGCCUGUCCGGGUCAGUAUGAGACCAUGGAGGUCCUCAGAGCGAUUGAGCCUAGAUACAUGCAGGAGGGCUUCUUCGUGCUCCAGGUUCUGGAGUUGCAGGUAUCGGCACAGGACGUGGAACGUGAGCAACGCACGCAGCUGAAGCGCUGGAAGAAGGAGCACGGCGAGCCCGGCCCCAAACUCCCUCAGAGAAUGCACAGUGCUCGCACCAUCAUGGCCACCGAGCCUCAUACACACCAAGACCUCCGCCAGAAACCCACCAUUAUGGUCCAGUACCCAUCGGUCCCUGAGGAGAAGUCCGAGCCGAACCUCAGGAAGAAGAGAGGGAGCCUGAAGAAAAACCAAGCCCUCAUUCCGAACCCCUAUGCGCUACCUGGCGAGUCUAAACCUAGUCAGAUAUUGGACAUACAGCUUCUGAACCAGGAAAAUCUCAAUCUUGUACUUCCAAAUACACCAUCACAUCCACCACGGCUCCCUACAAUGCAGGAAAAUCAGGUCAAAGAGACGAGCACUUCUACAGAGCGACUCGUGCAGCGUCCUCGAAUUCCUCCAUCGAUAAGAAACUGGCGGAAUCUAUCCCUCUGCAACAUCUAUCCCUCCUUACUGCUCCUGUACACGGAUCACCUUCAGCGUGGCGUCCUCACCUGCUGAAAUGUGCUCCUGUCCAAUCCGGACAACCUGACCAUGAUGAGCUCCCUAAUAAUACAGAAAACUCAGCCACCAUUUUGGAUCCAUCUACACACUCAAGCCCUCUGCUAACGCACAACGCACCUGCCACCCACGACUCGCCUGCUGCUCCCGAGUACAAAAAGAACACUCAUUGAUUUUUUUUUUUUUUGUUGUGCGUGUUAAACAGUGUGAUACGUUGAGGAAUUGAUUAUUGGCACACGUCUACUGAAUAGCAAGGAUUGUUAAGUCUUUAACGUGUGUAAACUAUACUUGUUAUAAACUAUACGUGUUAUAGUUUACACCGGAGGAACUGCAAACAAUCUGAGAGAGGACCACACUUGGUCCAAAAAUGUACACACACUCCACAAAAACUCUGCAGUUGCUGAGGACUGUUUACUCGCUCCAGUCUUCAGAAGGGAAACUACCUACAGAUUCACUUUUGAAAGACUUUCACAGGCAUCACAAACAUUUGUUUAUAUUACACUCGUAUCAAUUUGGCAGAUUUUUUUCUUCUUAAUCCGAAGCAACCACCACUUCUUUGUGUUUGUAUUUCACAAAUUUCCUUACCGCAUCUUACAAGAGCUGCACGACAAUCACAACAAUCCUGUACAAUAGGCACAGCCUUUUCAUUAACAUAACCUCAGUGAAAUAUCCUCUGUCUGUAUACUUUACACGCAAACAAAACAACUCAAGCUGAGAACUUUAUUGCUGAUUCACUUUAUACCACACCGCCUUCUAAUAUAGAUCUGAUCUAUAUUAUAUAUACGUGUACCUUAGAUAACGCCUCUCUGAACGCCAUGGUGGGACGUUCCCGAGUUGAAGUACUGUACAAGUCCUAAGCAUUAGAUCACCCCAAUUACUCUUGUAUACUCUUUCCAUACCAUCGUGAUCUUUGCCUGACGAAGCCAUACACAAAUCAUAAUUGACAUUUGGGGCCUAAUUCUAAAAUCACCACAUACAAAAUGCACAACCAUUUUGUCUUGCUGCCAUCACAAAAUAAUAAUGUUUAAACCUUAAGUAACAGGGUCACAGAGGGUGUAUAUAUUUUUCCACACUACAUGAAGUUUUGGGAUUCUUAUAGACUGUGGAACAGAAGUGUACUCAGUGUGUCUCCGCCGUUUUAUUUCAUAUUGGAGUACAACCAUUUUUCUUUUUUACCAUUAAGGAUGAAACACUUGUUUCUUUUAAAACACCGUCUUUAAAUGUUUUUCUACCUCCUAACUAAACCCUCGGACUUAAGACAGGAUCUUUGGAGUUGUUGACGCCCUGCUCAGGGUUAAACAACAACGUCUUUACAUUACCUUCAUUAAUAAUUUGUCAAUCUAUCCUCUUGGUUUUUUUAUUUUUUUUUUGUAGCAAAAGUCAGGUCCUCUCUCAUUUCAACAGGUCCUCUUGUUGGUGAAUACACAGCAAUCUUCUAAGGGUAUUAGGAUUUCUCGGAGCAGACAUUGUAGCAGAUAGUUGCAGAGUUUCUUCUGUGUUUUAACCACAACGUCUUAACCAUUAUUUUAACACUGAGACACACGACUCCCUUUAAUUCGUUAACAAACACAUUUGUAAGAAUUCUGGUCAGCAAAACCCCCAAAAGAACACCUGUGUGUCUCUCUCUCACACACACACACCCCCGCACACCCACAUGGUCACCAGAGGUCAUAAAUGUACUGCUGGGACACGGGAUGUCAAAGCAUAGACGAAAGCUUAUGUAUUUAGCGACAGUUCUGUGUAAGUAUCCUCGUUGGCGGACCAUUUUCUGAAAUCUCGUUUAUAGUUUAAACAAAAUGCACGACUCUUUUAAAACACCGUCUUUAAAAAAGGUUUUUCACCCUUAAAUUAACCUGGUUAGAAGGUAGGAUAUGUAAUACAUAUUUUCAUUUUCUUCAGGCAUAUUGUCACUUCAGUCUCCACAACAAAUAACACCGAUGGUUUUGAGCUUUCUUUCAGUAAAAGAGAACAACGACAUCAUACAGCCUUGAAGGACUGUAGAAAUUUUUAUUUUAUCAUCCUAAAUGGUUAGGUUUAGAAGGCAUGUAAUACGCGCGUUUCUUAUAAAACACCGUCUUUAAAACGUUUACCUCCUAAAGGGACCUAUUUAGAAGGUAUGUAAAAACUUUUUUUUUUUUUGGAACAUUUCUUCGGGUAUAUCAAUGUUUUAGAGUAUUUAUUUCAGUAAAUUUUCAUUCAAAGUCAUGCCAAUUUCUCAAAAGUGCAAUCAAUAAAGUUUAAUU